AUGAUGUUGGGAAACAUAACGCAGACAAUUUUGCACGAACUGUUACGACAGCAUAACAUUACUAAAAAGGAAUUCAUAGAACGCUUCGGGCUGCCUCCUCUUGUCUAUGUUCCAGAACUGUCGCCCGGUGCAAAAACCGUCACCUUAGUUUUCUACGUCAUCAUCUUUCUUGCAGCGUUGCUCGGAAAUUCUUUUGUCGUGGUCGUUGUCUGGAAGAACAAGGUGAUGCGCACAAUAAUGAACAUCUUCAUAUGUUCGCUUGCUGCAAGUGAUUUGUUCAUCACCAUAGUCUGCAUUCCUGUCACCUUGAUGCAAAAUAUGCUACAUAGCUGGAUACUCGGGGACUUCAUGUGCAAGUUGGUUCCGUUUAUACAGACCAUCGCAGUGGCCUCCAGUAUCUUGACUCUGACCGGGAUAGCCAUCGAACGUUAUUACGCCAUCAUCCAUCCGCUCAAGGUCAAGUACCUCCUGAGUAAGACCCGAGCCGGCAUCAUCCUGGCUCUGGUGUGGGUGGUUUCUGUCGGCGUGGCCACGCCCAUGCUCUUCGUCCACAAGGCGGAGGAGAUUCACGACUUCCUGUACGAGCAGCGCUUCGUGACCUGUCAGGAAAAGUGGUGGGGGCAAACUCAGCAGACAUCCUACACCAUCUUCAACCUUGUCGUUCUGUUCAUCAUCCCUCUGCUCACCAUGACCAGCCUGUACAUCCGCAUCGCUCACCGCCUGUGGGUGCAGCAGCCAGUCGGUGUGACCGGAAACUUCGCGCACGGCAACUCCGUUCGCCGCAAGCGUCAGGCCGUCAAGAUGCUGGUGGUUGUCGUGUUGCUGUUCGCCGUUUGCUGGCUACCCUUCCACACUGUCACUGUCAUGAACGAAUUGAAUGGACUUCGACUGGACGAAAAAUCUGCCAAGCUACUGAUCGCCAUUGUGCAGCUGAUUGCUUUCAGCAACAGCUUCAACAACCCCGUAGUGUACGCCAUCCUCAACGAGAACUUCAAGAAGAACUUCAUGACGAUGCUGCGAUGUGGAGUGAACAGAGUUUCUCCACAGCAAAUCACUCCCAACACCCUGCAGACUUCCCUGGAGCCGUCCACACGCAGCUGUAGACUGCCCGCGGGACCUCCGAACCAGCAGAUCUGAUCUACAGGAUACAGAAUGCUAAUAAUCCUUCAUUAAUAAUUCAUGAUAUAACGUUAUAGGAAUUAUGGCAUUAAUACUGAUAUAUAGGAAUUAUGGCAUUAAUCCUGAUAUAUAGGAAUUAUGGCAGAAAAAAUCUAUCAAAAGUCAUCUACCUGAUGUUCUGUCAAUGAAAACUAAGCUGACAGGGUAGUCCGACUUCCAGAGUGUCUAUCCAUAUAGAGCAUAUCAAAAGAUUCGGUACAGCACAAUAUGCCGGAAGUAGCGUCUUCACAAAUAUUGGGAACCUUUACUUUUACAUGUCAAAUUAAAUAAAAUCUGGUUCAUUUUUA